AUGUCGCAAGUCGGUAUUUUCAACGGGGUGGACACCUUGCCUCCCGAUGCGCUGUUCGAUAUUAAGAAACGGUACACUCAGGAUACACGCGCGCACAAAGUGGACCUCGGGAUAGGUGCGUACAGGGACAACAACGGGCAGCCAUGGGUGUUGCCGUCCGUUCGCCGUGCUGAGGAGAAAGUGCACGCGGAUAAAGGUUAUAACCACGAGUACCUGCCGAUCACUGGUCUGCCAGCUUUGACUGGUGGUGCCGCCCGGGUGAUCUUUGGUCCCGAGUACGCGGAGGACCGUACGGUGUCCGUACAGUCUAUCUCGGGCACUGGUGCGUUGCACAUCGCUGCGAAGUUUUUGGCGAAGUUCUUACCUGAACGUACAAUUUACGUCUCGGACCCGACAUGGGCGAACCACAAGGCUAUCUUUCAAUUACAAGGUUUGAAUGUCGCGUCGUACCCGUACUGGGACGCUGCGUCGAAGUCGCUGCUGCUGGAUGGGUUUCUAGAUUCCAUCGACCUCGCGGAAGAGGGGUCUGUGUUCCUGUUGCACGCGUGUGCGCACAACCCAACCGGGCUGGACCCCACGCCGGAGCAGUGGGACGCGGUGCUCGAGCGGCUCGCGGCACGUAACCACCUUGCUCUCUUCGAUUCCGCGUACCAGGGUUUCGCCACUGGGGAUCUCGACCGGGACGCGCUCGCCGUGCGUCGCGGUGUGCGCAGGAUGGCCUCAGUGUCUCCAGUGAUCGUGUGCCAGUCCUUCGCCAAGAACGUUGGGAUGUACGGUGAGCGGGUCGGGUGUUUCCACAUUGUGCUGCCGGACCAAUCCAGCGAGGUGAACUCCCGCGUCCACGGCGCUGUCUCCUCGCAACUCGCAAAACUGAUCCGCUCGGAGGUCUCGAACCCACCGGCCUACGGUGCGAAGAUCGUCGGUGCGAUCCUCGCUGACAAGUCUUUGACCGCUGCGUGGCACGCGGACAUGGUCACUAUGUCCUCUCGGAUCCACGCCAUGCGUGCUGCCUUGAGGGAAAAGCUCGUUGCGUUGGGGACCCCAGGGACAUGGGACCACAUCGUCGAACAGUGUGGGAUGUUCUCCUUCACUGGGUUGUCACCAGAGAUGGUGCGCCGGUUGGAGACACAGCACGCGGUGUACCUUGUGUCCUCUGGGCGUGCGUCCAUCGCGGGGCUCAACGAGGGGAACGUCGACCAUGUGGCGCGUGCCAUUGACGAGGUCGUCCGCCACUUCUACGAGUCCAAGCUAUGA